CCCCAGGCCAACGCCACCAUGACAAACUAUCUAAUGGGCAAUCCAUCUAACGUCUAUCAACCUACCGAUGGCACACAGCCGCCUCAACUUCCACAGCCCUCCUCUGCUAGCAUGGACCAAGAGACGAAGAGGAAACUCAUCCAACAGCAACUAGUACUCCUCCUUCAUGCUCAUCGCUGUCAGCAGAGGGAGAGAGAGCAGCAGGCUCACAGUGGGUUCAGACCCUGUGCUCUGCCACACUGUAGGACAAUGAAGAAUGUUCUUAAUCACAUGACAGAGUGUCAAGCAGGGAGAGACUGCCAAUUUCCUCAUUGUGCUUCUUCAAGACAGAUCAUUUAUCACUGGAAGAACUGCAACCAGCAAGAGUGUCCUGUAUGCCUUCCUCUUAAGAAAAAGACUACUACACUUGAUCAGCUUAAAGAAAAAUUUCAAAUUAACCCAAUACCUCCUAACCAGUGUGUAUAA